UACGACAACCUACGCGAUCUCCCUUUAUGGUGGACAAACGGCGAAGGUGUGGAGUAGAAUGAAAAAUCUUCAAGGACUUGAAGAAGAACAAACAUGGCCGUAUCGUAUACGGUAUGUGGAACGGCUUCCUUCGCUCCUCUCAGUUGAUACUUCUUCGAAUUUCUCUUUGCAGAAGCUUCUGGUGGCAUCGUUUCUACGAUAGUUGAUUUCGUGGCAGCCAGUUAUCUGCAGUAGCUCAUAACGCAUAUCCGGUAAACAUACCCGAAAGAUAUGAAAAGCAGAAAUACAACUUUUUGCAAACAAUUAACGAGCAACCGGAGCGAAAGUUGCAUUUUCAGAAGGGAUAUCAAUGCACUUUCGAAUUCAACUGUACAGACACCAUACCUAAAUCAGCAAUUAACGUAAUGGUUCAGCCAUUGCAUCGGAAGCUGAUACCACAAAUUUGGAGACUAACGUAAAAUGGCCGAGUAUGCGAAGAAUGCCAAAAAAUAUAGAUAUUAGAAACAAGAUUUUCACCGAUUGGAUAAAUUCAUUUUUCGGACCAACCACUACGGAAGUUCCACAUGAUCCAGUUGGCGAUGACGUCAUACCAAUCACUGUUCAAAACGAAUGAAAAAUUCAUUGAAGCUGAGAUCAAUUAAUAAUGAAAUAUAUACAUAAUGAUAUAUAAAAAAAAAAGGUCGUUCCACUUUCUACUAGAAUUUCAUUAUUUCGCUUAAGGUGGAACGAACUUCUCUAUCUGAAGAAAAUAAAGCACGUUAACCCGUAUGCGCAUAUAUUAUUUCGCGAUAACAUGCACGAAUCAUUGAAUAUUGCGAAUUUUGAGAUACACGUAUCUUAUACGUCAAACCGAAAAUUUAUUACAUGUAUAAAUUUUGCAAACACCCGCGUAUGUUAUGUAUUACGAGAAAUGUCAAAUUUCUGUAAAAUACUACAUUGCCUAAUUUCACAAUGAUAUACACGUAAAGAGGAAGUAGUCUGUCGGAUACUAUUUUAUCACAAUAUUCCAAUGUCUAUACAAAUUAUUCUGGCUUUCCUGAUUAUCAAUGGCCUUGUCAUAAUUAUGUAUCAGCUGAGCUUGUAUAACAAGCUGCUAGAAUUGUAUAUAAGGAACAAGAGUGUAAAUCACACUAUGAGAAUAAACCAACCUAAUCUUCAGAUUUGAGAAUGAAUGUCAAAAUAAUUUUUGUAUUGUGGUGUUUCGUGGAAGCUGGAUUGGCAAAACCAUUUGUCGAGUUAGCAGCUGCCUCAUCAGAAACAUCAGCGACGAACGACACAAUGUUUCCCGUCGUUGACGACGUAAUGGCUAACGUUACGUCGGAUCAAAACGAAGAUCCCGCUAGUGAAGUUUCAAAAGGUUUAACACGGGAUUCGAACUUUGGUCUCCCGUCUUUGCCAUUCAUAUCAUCCAAGGAAGAACCGUCAUCUUCUUCAGGAUUGGUUUUGCCGAAUAUUCCUGGACUUCAAGCAACAUCUUCUGGGCCAGUUAUGCAUCUUGGGAUGUUUCAGUUGCUCUCGAUGCCAAUGCCGAAUAUUGCCGACUUUAUGGGAAUGAUAGGAAAACUGCCCACUUUUAAUUUUCCAAAUUUGACAUUGCCAAAUAUUGGAAGUAAUAAUGUGUCCCCGUGAAAGUAUUUAAAAAAAAUAUAUAUCGUUGAUGAUCACUGUAGCUUCAGUAUUUUUUUAUACGGUAUAAAAUGGUAUCUAGUCAUGAGCAUUUUAUUCGAUAAGAAUUAAUUUAAAGUACAGCACAAGCCAAAAAGGUAUAAAUAACAAAUAAAAUAGAUGUAUAAUAAACCAAAUAACACUUUAAAAUUAAAUAAAAAUCUAUAGAAUUUUUUUAGUGAAACUUGUUAAUAUAUUUUAAUGAAACUAAUUUUUUGGAAAAAAAAUAAGAACUGAUAUUCAUUUGCGCGGUGUUUGUUGGUUACGAAGCGUGGCGAAGAUUCAAAAAAAAAGAGGCUGUGGGCCAACAGACGGUUACCUCAAUAAACCGUUAAUAAA